AAAAAAUCUGCCAAACCAACAACCGCUGCUGGAAAUCAUAAGUAAAAAAAGUUCUAUACGAAAAAUACCUUUAAGUCAUCAUUCUUUCAUCAUAAGAUCGGUUACCAGUGAAACUCCUAAGGAGGUGACAACACGUGUUUCCGAUCAAGGACAUACGAAAGCUUUCAAAUUCUAUAUUUAUGAUAUACCUGAACUUUUAAAUACAAAUAUAACAAAUUGUAAAUUCGUACAACCGUUUAUGUGUGUUGACUUUCAAGAUAGAGGUUUUGGCACAGAAAUGUUUGUAGAUGGUUUUAAUGAGGAGAUAUCAUUCCGAACCACAAGUCAGUUUAGUAUAGAGAUGAUUAUCCAUAAUAAACUAAAGACUAACAGGCUACGGACGUAUAAUCCAGAUGAAGCGGAUUUUUUUUACGUGCCAGCUUAUUUUGGAUUACUAGAAUUGUGCUAUGAAGAAUCUACACGUAGAAAGUUUCAAGUUCUUCGAGAACUUAUGACCAAGAAUGUUUACUUCCGUAGUGGAAAACCUCAUAUAUCAACACUUGGCUUAUUGUAUGUUUGGAUGCCUCCCGACUUAAAUCUAGGGGGCCAUUUUGAAAGAAAUGGUAAGCAAAUGUUGACAUUUUUAACUUAUGAAUCAGUGCAAACUAAAUCGACAGAUUCUCUGUCCGAAAUAGUUAUUCCUUAUCCUUCAUAUGGACAUUUUUUACAUACAAGGGAAAGAACUCUUUAUACUAAUCCUUUACAAUCUAGAAACAUAUUCAUUUUGAUACCAAUUGGAAAAAAUUAUUAUGAGCAUUCUAGACGUUAUGAUCUUUUAAGAGACGUGACCACGGUUACAGAUGCAUCUUACGACUACUUUAUGGAAGAAAACAUCAAUAAAACAUUUGAGUGCGUGCAAUAUAUUACAGGAGAGUGUCCCCAAGUUGUUACCCAAUACGUCAUACAGUGGAUGCAACAUUCGGUGUUUUGUCUACAACCACGUGGGGACACAGACUCCAGAAAAUCGUUCUAUGAUUCAGUGAUGAGUGGAUGUAUUCCUGUAAUUAUUCCAAAAUCAACCAAUCCGUAUGCGUUUCAAGAUUUCAUAGACUAUGAAAAGUUUUCGAUAAUUUUACCGUUCAGUUAUUUAGACCUCGGUAAUGAAAGUAUUAAUGAUAUAUUGGCUGAUAUUCCAAGGUACAAGGUUGUAAGUCUUCAUUCCAACGUCAGGAAAAUAGCACAAUAUUUACAGUAUUCAAUAUCUGACAAUGAAGAGGUAAAUGAAGAAAGUGAUGCUCUGCAACUUAUUUUCAUGGCAUUGUCUGAUCGCUUUGAAAUUCCGUAUGAUAAAGAACGCCUCUAUAACCUACACACUAAUCAUGAUAAUAAUUAUGACUAAUUUAGUUAAUAAAUAUUUUACGGAUGUGUUAACUGCUUCGACGAUAUAUGAUAAAUAUUGUCAUAAA